GUAAUGCGGCUCCGGCGUCUUCAAUGAAAAGAUAAAACGUUGAAGAUUGCGUAUGGACGAGAGAUACAACGGGAGUCCAAAGGAAGCGUCGACGAACGCUGUUUGGACACGACGCGAUGUUUGGUCCAACUUUAAUCACAAUAAAAACAAAGAAAGAGGUUUAAAACAACAAAAUGCUGAUAGCGGAAAAUAUCAAGCAAAAUAUGAGACAGAACGAGAAGCUAUCAAUGUUAUAGCGACUGCUGAAGCUAAGCUAGACGAAGAUGACCAACUCAGGAAGAAUGUGUGGAGUGACGUCGAUGACGAACUAUACAUAGCGAAUUUAAUAAAACACAGAACCACAGAUGUUAAGCGUAAUAAACGUGGUGUAAGUGGUAGUGAUAUCAGUGAGCAGGUUGUGAAUAGUGUUAGUUUAGAUAAUAGCGCGAUGUGGGAAUUGGAACCCACCGAUCUGACGGAGUGCGACUGUUUGGGACCACCUCCAGAGUUUCUCCUGCCUCCGCCGCCGAGACCGCCGUUCCUUCAGUCAGAAUAUUACUGCGGCGACGAUCCUAUACCUGACCUAGAAACUUGCGAUACGGAACCAAAGAUCGACGCGUAUAACCACAACGGGUCAUCGCUGCAGACUUCUGCUGUGAUCGGACUGUGUUCCUUCGUGCUGGCCGCGUGUGUUCUCAUCGGAAUCAUCCUUGUUUGGAAGCACAAACGAAAAGUUACAAACUUAUUGCCUUCGAAAUCAUCAGCGCCCAGUCAGAGCUCAGGGUCACAGAGACGGGCCCCACCGCCGGCGCCGCUAUACGAAGACUUACAAGAUCUCCCUAGAAGGCCACCUCUGCCCCAUAGACCUCAAGAAUUGGAACCGCAGUUGGAGAUGGUGGAAACAAGGAGACCAAACUGUCCUGGCCGCGUUUUCGUCUGCGGUUCAGGCAACACUUGGCGAGGUGGGAACUCGUGCGGCGGCGAGACCUGUGGAGCUCCUCUUUACGAAGAACUACCACACCGGUCUGAUGACUCCGUACACAGCGACGAUCACUUCGCAGAAGACGAACUGAGCUUAGUCGGUGAAGCGGCGCCUUGUCGAACUUGCUCCAGACCUCCAGCGCCACAGUCUUUACAGCAUAGACCGAGACAUCAACGACUAGACCGUAGACCCAAAUCUCUAGAAAGAAGGAGAGCACAACAUCGGAUCCCUCGACACAUGCACCCGCCAGAUCCUUCAGAAUUCCAUGAAGGCGUGCUUUUGGAUGCGUUGCUUCGGUUGUACCCUCAAGUUGGCACUGUUGGCGCUAGACCAGGCCCCGUGCCCGUCGGUGCGGGUGGCGCAUGGCCUGGCGGUGAAUUACCCGGGAUCCAAUGCUGGAGAGGACCGAGAGCUUCACCGAAACCUCCUAGCGGCGAUUCUUCUUUCGGCUCAGAUUCGGGAUACAGCAACAAUACGUGUGGAACUUGUGGGACCAGGGCGUCUUCUCGUCAUAGGUUGUCAGCAGAAAUGCCUAUGUCAUGAGCACAAUAUGCUUUAAGACUUUAAUCGCUCACGGUCUGAAUUACGAUCAACUGAUCAAGUGAUGAAUAAUGAUGAUAUUUGCGGGAAUUAACGUAAUUUUUAAUACCGUAGAUUCCUUAACGAGGGCCUAAAUUGGAUGGCCUAUUCUUUUCAUGCCUUCUUCGAUAAUAAUGUGACUUAAAAAACCUGUUGUUUCUGAUUUUUACUAAAGUAAUCGAGUAGGGACUUCCACUUCUGUAAAAUAUCGCUUCGUAGGCUAGUCCCUGAAUAGAUACUAGUGUCAUUACUAUAAAUUAUAAUAUUAUUUUUAGUGUUAAAAUAUGUUUUUUUUUUUGUACAAACCAAUCGUGACCAUAUUUCGUAGGCUUAGAAGUUUCGUCCUAGUAAGUUAAUUCGAGCUAGUCCUAAAAUUACAAGAUUUCACAAUGUGAUUCGAAAUAAAUACUUUUUUUUUUUGUAAAUUUCUAAGCUAUGUUUAUCGAUAAGUUGUUUCCACGGAAUGUAGAUACUGUACAAAAACUUAGUUAAAUAAAUUAUACUUUAAGAUUGAAUUUUGUAAUCAUAUCAAGUGUAAUUAAUACGAAAAAAAUCACACUGACCUUUUAAGGCGAUAGACAAUUUCCGUUUUAGUUCCAUUGCUGAGCCUAAGAUCAUUUUGGCAGAGACUUGCAAGAGGAUUCAACUGACUAAAAACCAGCGCUAAGUUGUUGUGGCAACGCAUCGAUGCGCGCUAGGGAAUAUGUAGGCAGAACCUCGGGGAUUCCCCGUAAAAAUUCAAGCAUCAGUAAUCAAAGGCUUUUCUUUUGUAUUUACUGGUUAUUAUUAUCUUUUUUGAAUGAUUUCACUAAUUAAAUUUUUAAUGAUGAAUUAUUUAUGAUAUUGUAUU